UGAAUUUUUAUCUAGUUCUUGUUCAAGUCAUGUCGCAAUCGCCGUCGCAUAAGCCGCAGUCGCAGCCGAAGCGAAAGCGGAAGCAUGUGAUAUACAGCCUUCAGCUGGAGAAGCGCAUACAUCCGUUGACGAAGGAUUUGACCGUGAUCGCCUGUCUGCCCGAUGGCGACUUGCAGUCGUUGGAGCCAAUCAAGCCCCAAGAGGAGCGCCUCUAUAAGAUGUACAUCUGCGAACCUGAUGGGCGUCUGGUCAAGUCGAUUGCCUUCACCGAGAGCGAUUAUCGUGAGGUGGUGAAGGAUUUCAUAAAUAGCGACUGCACCGAAGCGGAUGCGGAUGUGGAUGCGGAUGCAGAUGGGAAUGGAGUUGGGAAUAGAAACGGGCAUGGAAACAGGAAAGGCGCUGGCGAAGGGAAUGUGAGUGUGAAACGAGGCUCCCUGCUGGCUGAAGCAUCAAUCACAUUGUUUAUGCCGUAUCAACACCACAUCAAAUAAAUUUCAAUUGUUUGCUCAAUCAAA